AAAAGGUUGCUUUUACUUUAUUGAUACAGAAAAUUUGUUUUACUAUUACGUUUUUGGAAUAAUAUAUAUAUAUAUAUAUUGUUUUACAGAAUGUGUAAUGUUUGUAUGUUCGGCUGGUUACGGAGAUUUUGAAGCCCGAUCCGAAUGGGAAUAUUUUUGAACACUUAAUCUAAGAGUAAUUUUUAUUAAUUUACGUCGCUAUUUUCUUUUGUAGCUGGGCAGUGAUAGUGAUGCAUAACCAACACUGACGGUUAAUAUCAGCGCUGACAGAGGAUUAUUCGAAAACAAUGCAGUUCGCACUUCCAAAGUUUUCCGAACGAAUCCGUACUUAGCCGAGUAUAUAAAACAAAAUGGCUGCGCCCACAAAACGAAAGAAGUGGGGGAAAAUACUGUAUGAAGAUCAAGGUGUUCCGGAUAAUUAUGUGGAUGCUAGUUUUCUGGACGAACUUAAAAGGAAUUUGUGGACAAGAAGCUAUGACUACUGGCCUGUUGUAUAUGAAUCAGGAGUGGUUACUCAGCAACUUAGCAGUGUGUGUUUGUUUGGUGUAACCUUUGUGUACAUGAACGAGAAGAAACUGUCGGCUCAGCUUCUCUUCAUGGUUUCCAGCAUCUUCACUCUGAUUGGCUAUGUCCUAAAUGAUGUUGUUGAUGGUGGGGAAAGUAGACAGUUGUCCAAGCGGACACGAAUAGAUGAUUUGAAAACAGCCAUUUUAUUCACUGGGUUCAGCUUUGGAUUAUCUCCCCUGCUUGUUUCCCUCACAGAAACGAUCAGCACAGAUACAAUAUAUGCCAUGACAACUGUGAUGCUUUUGGCGAACCUCUUAUUUCAUGAUUAUGGAGCUAGUGCAGCCAUGGUUUCUGGUGCCCUGUCACUGAAUGCAGCCACGUUUGCCUCAGUGUGCCUUGCGUCUCGUCUCAACACAACGUGGCAUGCCUUUGCCACGGUCACCUUCUCCUUUGAACUGUUUGCACUCUGGCCUGUAUUACGACACAAACUAAAGACACACUACCCAAGGAGCCAGCCGUUAAUGACAGGGAUAGUAGGACUAGCUGGAGUGAUUGCACUGUUGACGGUUAGCACGUCUGGAGCGGUGAUGUUUUCCAUUCUCAACCUCUUCAUCACGUUUAUCUGCCCGUACUGGCUCACCAGGCUUCAACUGUAUAAAAAUAACAUCCAUGGACCCUGGGAUGAAGCAGUGCCUGUCAAAGAUUGAGGAGAUUGCAAAAUGGUCCGUAAGAUGAUGGAAGCUGGCUGUUUAAUCCAACAGGAUUGUGUUUGCUUAGACUGGACAAUGAAAUAAGCAUGAGAUCCAAAGGACUGGACAAUGUAAUAAACAUGAGAUCCAAAGGACUGGACAAAAAAACAUGAGAUCCAAAGGACUGGAGAAUGGAAUAAACAUGAUAUCCAAAGGACUGGACAAAGAAACAUGAGAUCCAAAAGACUGGACAGUGGAAUAAACAUGAGAUCCAAAGGACUGGACAACGAAACAUUAGAUACAAAGGACUGGAUAAUGGAGUACACAUGAGAUCCAAGGGACUGGACAAUGGAAUAAACAUGAGAUCCAAAGGACUGGACAUUGAAAUAAACAUGAGAUCCAAGGGACUAGAGAGUGGAAUAAACAUGAGAUCCAAAGGACUGGACAGUGGAAUAAACAUGAGAUCCAAAAGACUGGACAAUGAAAUAAGUAUGAGAUCCAACUGAGAAAACCACAGAAAUGGUUGUAGCAAAAAUUUGAUUGAUGAAACUUCAAAAUGUGUAAAUAUACAAUGUGACCAGCCAAAAAUGUCAAAGGAUUGCAUUGAUGGUGACCAGACAGGAAUAUUGCAGGGUUGACUGGUAUGUAAAAUGUCACAGGAUUUUUUAUGGUGACCAGACAGGAUAUUGCAGCAUUGUGUUGACAGUGACCAGACAGGAAUAUUGCAGCAUUGUGUUGACAGUGACCAGACAGGAAUAUUGCAGCAUUGUGUUGACAGUGACCAGACAGGAAUAUUGCAGGGUUAUGUUUAUGGUGAUCAGACAGGAAUAUUGCAGGAUUGCAUUUAUAGCGACCAGACAGGAAUACUGCAGGAUUGUGUUCAUAAUGACCAGACAGGAAUAUUGCAAGGUUGAGUAGAUUGUGGAAUAUCACAGGAUUGUGAUAGUUUGCAUUGACUGGAUGGGAAUUCUGAAUAACACAGGACUAUCUUUGUCUAUAUUGUAGGAUAGCAUCUGCAUUGACCACACCAAGGAAUAUUUUACAAUUGUUUUACAUUCAAUGAAACAUCACAAGAAUGUGUCAGCAGUGACCAAGUGUGAAAAUCACAGGAUUGUGACAGCAGUGACUGAAUAGCGGUGAGUGAAUAUCUCAUGGGAUCGUGUCUUUGUAGGGACCAGAGAAAUGUCUUGUGAUUAAUCUACAGAAGUCAAUGAGAGGAUAUCACAGAGUUGUGUCUGCAGUGAUUUUGAGUGAAUAAAAUAGUGAUAUUGGCAUGUAACAAGAUGAGCAGGUUUUUUGCCUAUGCGAAAACACACAAAUGAGAGCAGUUGUUCAUGUCUAACCAUUUAUUUGUAGUAUUUAUUUUAAACACCCGUAAGAAAUGGGUAUCAAUUACUGAGUAAUAUCAAAGCAUUACUUUAUGUUGUAUUACCUCACGUUGAUUUCUUUCUGAGGUCAUUAAAUGAUGGUCAUUUUGUAUUGGGGGUGUAUUGGC